AUGGUGACGCGCCCCCUGUCCCCCCAGCAGAUCCUGAGCACGGUGGAGGCCCAGGCUCCCAGCGCCGCGGGGCCGUCGGGCUGCGGCCCCGUCCCCGUCCCUGUCCCCGUGGUGGCCGUGCCAGGCCCGGGGGUGGCGGCGGCGCUGCCCAACGGGGCCCCCCCGGGUCCCCCCCCCGUGGCCGACGACAGCAAAACCAACCUGAUCGUCAACUACCUGCCGCAGUCCAUGAGCCAGGAGGAGCUGCGGAGCCUCUUCGGCAGCCUCGGCGACAUCGAGUCCUGCAAGCUCGUCAGGGACAAGGUCACCGGACAAAGCCUGGGCUACGGCUUUGUCAACUACGUGGAGGCCGGUGACGCCGACAGGGCCAUCGGGGCCCUCAACGGCCUCAAGCUGCAGACCAAGACCAUCAAGGUGUCCUACGCCCGGCCCAGCUCCGCCUCCAUCCGCGAUGCCAACCUGUACGUGAGCGGCCUGCCCAAGGCCAUGGGGCAGAAGGAGAUGGAGCAGCUCUUCUCCCAGUACGGCCGCAUCAUCACCUCCCGCAUCCUCGUGGACCAGGUCACAGGUGUGUCCCGGGGGGUGGGCUUCAUCCGCUUCGACAAGCGCGUGGAGGCCGAGGAGGCCGUGCGGGGGCUGCACGGGCAGAAGCCCCUCGGGGCCGCCGAGCCCAUCACGGUCAAGUUCGCCAACAGCCCCGGGCAGAAAUCGGGGGGGGCCCUGCUGAGCCUCUGCCCCGGAGCCCGGCGCUACGGGGCCCUGCACCCCCCCCCGCAGCGCUUCCGCCUCGACAACUUGCUGAACGUGGCCUAUGGGGUGAAGAGCCCGCUGUCGCUGCUGCCCAGGUUCUCCCCGCUGGCCAUCGAGGCGGUGCCGGCGCUGGCCGGGGUGGGCCUGGGCACGCCCGGGCCGGGCUGGUGCAUCUUCGUCUACAACCUGGCGCCCGAGGCGGACGAGAGCGUCCUGUGGCAGCUCUUCGGGCCCUUCGGCGCCGUCACCAACGUCAAGGUGAUCCGCGACUUCGCCACCAACAAGUGCAAGGGCUUCGGCUUCGUCACCAUGACCAACUACGAGGAGGCGGCCAUGGCCAUCGCCAGCCUCAACGGCUACCGCCUGGGCGAGCGCGUGCUCCAGGUGUCCUUCAAGACCACCAAGCAGCACAAGGCCUGAGGGACCUUGAGGGACCUUCGGGGACCCCCAUGAGCACCAUGGAGACCACGGAGAAACCCAGCUAGAGACCUUGGGGACCUUCAGGGACCUUCAGGGACCCCCAUGAGCACCAUGGAGGAACCCAACUGGAGACCUUGGGGACCUUCAGGGACCUUGAGGGACCUUUGGGGACCCCCAUGAGCACCAUGGAGACCACGGAGAAACCCAGCUAGAGACCCUGGGGACGUCCAGGGACCUCCAUGAGCACCAUGGACACCAUGGAGAAACCCAACUGGAGACCUUGGGGACCUUGAGGGACCCCUGUGAGCACCAUGGAGAUCAUGGAGAAGCCCACAUGAAGACCAGGAGACCUCAGGGUCCCCCCCAUGAGCACCAUGGAGACCAUGGAGGAACCCAACUGGAGACCUUGGGGACCUUCAGGGACCUUCGGGGACCCCCAUGAGCACCAUGGAGAUCAUGGAGAAGCCCACAUGAAGACCUGGAGACCUCAGGGUCCCCCCCAUGAGCACCAUGGAGAAACCCAGCUGGAGACCCUGGGGACCUUGAGGGACCUUCAGGCACCCCCGUGAGCACCAUGGAGACCAUGGAGAAACCCAACUCAGGUCCUGGGCACCCCCUGCAUGGACACCAAGGACAUCCUGGGUCUCCAGGAGAUGGAGAAAAGCACCUGGAGACCUUGGAGACCGUGGGGACCCCCCCAUGAGUGCCACAGACACCAUGGAGACCCCCUGAGACCCCCUCCGUGGCCACUGGGGACACCGUGGGGACACCUGACGCACAGCCCGGACACCUGGACACCCUCACCUGUCCCCGACGGGCAUCCUGAGGACUCCUCCAGGUGCUGCAGGGCACUGGGAGGGGCCCUGGAAAGCCUGGAGACCCCCCCAGGACACUGUGGACACACCUGGGACCCCCCCCGGGUACCCCAAACCCCACCACUCCGGCAGUGGCCGGACCACCUGGAGCGGUGCCCCCCCCCUCACCUGAUCCAGGUGUGUCCAGGUGGGGGCUGUGCCCCCCCUUCCCUCCACUCCAGGACUCCAGCAGGGAAGGGGGGGGUGGGGGCAUCUUCUCACUCUCUCCUUCUUUCCACGUUUUCCCUUCAUUUUCUGGGGGAGGGGGAGGAAUUUUUGGGGAGGAAGAACAAAAAUCAGGAUGAAUCACGUGUUUAAUUGGACCUGUUACCCGUUAUCAGGUAAGGAGGAGCGUGACUGGCGCGGGGAGCGGCGACUCCUCGGGAGCCGCCGGCCCAAAUCCAUCUAUUUUUAUAGCAGAAUAUUAAAAAUAUCCCCCAAAAUCCCUGAAAUCGCCUUUCCAGAGGGGGUGAGAACCUCCUUUGUGCUCCCCGAGUUCCUUAGAAGCGGUUUGUGAACCCCAAGAGGGAUCAAGGCAAGUUUUGGGGGGUCAGAGGCACUGAAAUGCCAGGGAUUGCCCUGGCACCCCCGAAACUGGGAGGGAGGGGAUGUGUCUUGUCACACUUCCCCCCCCUCCCUUCCCAAAUUCUCCAAAAUGGGCGAUUUUUGCCCCAAAUUACUCCACUUGCCGGAGUUUGGAGCCUCCUGUUCAAAAAAAAUAAUCAAAGGGCGGAACCCCACCUGAAAAGCCCCAACCCUGAGUUCCCCCAUACUCCUUAUCAUUGUUAUUAUUCUUAAUUAUUCUUAAUUAUUCUUCUUAUUAAUUAUUAUUGAUGUUGUUAUUAUUCUUAUUCUUCUUAUUAUUAUUGCGGUUCUUAUUUAUUUUCCCUUCGCCGUCGGGAUAAUUUCUCACUUUUCAGUGGUUUAUUUCCCAUUUAUUUCCUAUUCUUCCCUGAUUUUUCCCCUGAUCCUGGCACUCCCCGGGACCCUCUUUUUUCUCCCCAGACCCUUCCCCAAACCCACCCCGGCUCCUGGUUUUUUUGUGUCGUGCCUGUGUGAAGCUUCUUGUAGUUUUAAUUAUUAUUAAUAUAAAUAUUUAGGAGCGACCCCCGUGUCCAGAUCCGCCAUCACACCCCCCCCCCCCCCCGCCCCAAACUCUGACCCCCCAGCCCCUCUUCCAGGGAUCCAGCCCCGGAAUUUGGGGAGGGGGGCCAGGGGACCCCCAAUUCAGUAGCAAUAAGGGGUCCCCACCUCAGCCCCGGCCCGUUUUUGGGGGGCCCGACGUGGGGACAAAAGGUGCCCAGGGACCCCCUUGUGGCACUGCGGGACCCCUCGGAGGGGACCGGGACCCCCCGGCCCCCACCCCUGGACUCGACUCUUUGUAUUUUUCAUGGAAAAAAAUCAAUAAAAAAACUUAAAAGGCAGAA